GGGAUACAAUGGAUUCUUCUUCAGUAGUAGGAAUUUUAGGAGGUGGUCAAUUAGGCCGAAUGAUGUUGGAGGCUGCUCAUCGUUUGAAUAUUCGUUGCAUCAUUGUUGACGCUCCUAAUUGCCCAGCGAAGCAAAUUGACGGUGGCCGUGAUCAUAUCGAUGCUUCUUUUCGUGAUGAAAAUGCAAUUUCAGAACUUGCAAAAAAGUGUACCGUAGUAACGACUGAAAUUGAGCAUAUAAACACCGAUGCUCUCGCUUCUGUCUCGUCUACGGUCUCUGUGGAGCCUUCUUACUCUACCUUAAGAUGCAUUCAAGACAAAUACACGCAAAAACAGCAUCUUCAAUCGUUCCAUGUUGCUUUACCCGAGUUUUGCGACGCUCCUAAUCAAGCUGCAGUCGAGACUGCUGGACAACAGUUCGGUUAUCCCUUUGUCCUUAAAAGCAAGACACUUGCUUACGACGGAAGAGGAAACUAUGUUGUUCGUCAACCCCAAGAAAUUCCUGACGGCAUCAAAGCUUUGGGAGAUCGCCCAUUAUAUGUCGAAAAAUUUGUUCCUUUCUCAAUGGAGAUUGCUGUAAUGGUGGUUCGAACUUUAGACGGAAAUGUUUACGCUUACCCUACUACGGAAACCAUACAAAAAGACAACAUCUGCCAUCUGGUUUACGCUCCCGCCCGUCUCCCUCAUUAUCUUCAGAAGCGUGCCCAAGCCCUUGCCAUGGAUGCGGUUCGAACCUUCAAAGGUGCUGGUAUCUAUGGUGUAGAGAUGUUUGUUCUAAAGGAUGGAGAAACCGUUUUGCUAAACGAAAUUGCCCCUCGUCCUCAUAAUUCCGGUCACUACACGAUCGAAGCCUGUCCUACUUCUCAGUUUGAAGCACACAUACGCGCGAUUACUGGUCUUCCUUUCACCGAUGCCAAUACUCGUUUAAGCACUGCCACUACUCAUGCUCUUAUGGUGAAUUUGCUAGGUGGUGAUGACCCCAACUACGUCUCUCGGAUCGCAAAGCGCUCUCUCUCAGUACCCGGUGCAACUUUGCAUUUGUACGGAAAAGGUGAAUCUAGAAAAGGAAGAAAGAUGGGUCAUAUAACCAUUAUUGCUGACUCUUCUCAAGAAUGCGAACGCAGGUACAAUUUACUGAUAGAGGAAGAAGAAAAGGUUCAGGUUCCUUCCGAAUCUCCGAUGGUAGGAAUUAUUAUGGGCUCUGACUCUGAUUUAUCAAAAAUGAAGGAUGCUAUAGUCAUCUUAGAUCAACUCAAAGUCCCUUAUGAAGUAACAAUCGUGUCUGCUCACCGCACCCCUGAACGAAUGGUCUCCUACGCUCGUUCUGCUGCCUCUCGUGGCCUUCGUGCUAUCAUAGCAGGGGCCGGAGGAGCUGCCCAUUUGCCCGGUAUGGUUGCUGCCAUGACUCCUUUACCUGUUAUCGGUGUUCCUGUUAAAGGUAGCUCUUUGGAUGGUGUCGAUUCUCUUUAUUCCAUUGUUCAAAUGCCACGAGGUGUCCCCGUUGCCACCGUUGCUAUCAACAACAGUAUGAAUGCUGGUCUUUUGGCAUGCCGUAUUUUGGCAUCUUUCCGGCCUGAUUUGUUGCACGCUUUGGAAGAAUAUAUGGACAGUAUGCGUGAUGUAGUACUUGAAAAAGCCGACCGAUUAGAGCAAGAAGGAUGGAGAAACUAUACUGUUUAAAUCAAAUUUAGUUUGAGGCGAUAUGGAUUUAAUCUCGCUGUUCUUCAUCAUAUAUACCCAUAUUAUGGCAUUCUAUCCUUUACCCCUACAUAUUUUUUGCUUUAAUUCUAAUCUUAAUACUAAUUAUUAGUUUUUGUCCUGUCUAUUGUAAGUCAGAAAUAUUAUGCUCAAUUGUCUGUGUA